CCGCGCAAAACCCUUUCCGUAUCUCGCUCUUCCCAUUCCCACGUGUGUCCGCCCAUUUCUCCCAACGUCGUCCAAGCUCAGAAGUCAGCUCUCUCUCUAUCUCUCGCCGAUCCCAAAAUCUCGCGCCCUAAAAAUCCCACCUGCUCUUGGGUUCUUCUUCGCACUCAGCAGACUCCCCUUUCAGUCCCUUCUUUCACCUUCGAUCCAUCAGACCGUCCGUUUUGAUGGACCAUGGCCGAACCGCUGAUUCCCAUAAUCGAGAAGAAGCCCGUGUGGAAAUGGAUCUUCGCCGUCGGCGGAAUCAUGAUCACCCUCGUCAUCUACGGCGUCUUGCAGGAAAAGAUCAUGAGAAUUCCAUACGGGCAAAACAAGGAAUUUUUUAGAUAUUCGUUGUUUCUUGUUUUCUGCAACCGCAUUACGACAUCUGCUGUUUCUGCAGGCGCUUUAGUGGCAAGUAAAAAAACCUUGAAUCCUGCAGCUCCAAUCUAUAAAUACUGCGCUGUAUCAAUAUCUAACAUCCUGACAACAUCAUGCCAGUAUGAGGCCCUCAAGUACGUCAGUUUCCCAGUUCAGACACUUGCGAAAUGCGCAAAAAUGAUACCGGUUAUGAUCUGGAGCACAGUUAUCAUGCAAAAGAGAUAUAAUGGGCAAGACUACUUUUUUGCUGUGCUUGUGACACUGGGGUGUUCCAUAUUCAUUCUAUAUCCAGCAGCAGCUGACAUUAGUCCAUACCAUACGGGAAGGGAAAGCACAGUCUGGGGCGUUUUCCUAAUGAUGGGUUAUCUUGGGUUUGAUGGUUUCACAAGCACAUUCCAGGACAAAUUGUUUAAGGGCUAUGAUAUGGAAAUACACAACCAAAUAUUCUAUACAACAUUUUGUUCUUGUAUUCUCAGUUUAAGUGGACUUGUGAUACAAGGACAUCUUCUAUUGGCAGUAGAAUUUGUGUUCCGCCAUCAAGAUUGCCUUUUCGACAUUUUAUUGCUCUCAACUGUGGCAACAGCUAGUCAAUUCUUCAUUUCCUACACCAUCCGAACAUUCGGGGCCCUUACAUUUGCUACUAUAAUGACCACGAGACAGCUGGUGAGCAUCUUUCUGUCAUGUGUUUGGUUCUCACAUCCCCUCAGCUGGAAGCAGUGGAUUGGCGCUGUUAUUGUUUUCGGCACCCUUUAUGCAAGGAGCUUCUUGAAAAAUAGACCACAAAAACUGGCACAAUCAGACCAUAUUUAUGGUGGGAAUGGAAAUCGGUUGAAUGGAAAUGAAAACCGCUGAUACCAGAGUGAUCUCCUGUUUCAUAUUGGACAGAGAGUGGAGUUAUCGGUCCAUAGAUUGUACUCAAUUUGAACAUGAGUAGUGCUGGAGUCGAUGAGUGGGUACGACAGGGAUGAAUGUGGAAGUGGUGGCUGCUUGUAGCUUCGAUAUGAGGUUGGCGAUACAAAAAAAAAAGGGAUACAGAAAAAGAAAAUUGACAACAGAAACCAUGCAUAAUUGAAUUUUUUAUUGAAAUCUUGCUGGAAUAUUAUGUCAGCAUUCUCUUUGAAAGGUGGUUUCGAUCUCUUACGAAAAACUAGCUGUUGUCCCAAGCUUCUUUUUUUCCUGUCUUAAUCAGAAGACAUUUGCUUGAGAUC